ACAUUUAGUUGUCAUAAAUCGGCAAAAAAGUAGAAUUUUUUUGGGAUUUAAUGGUUAUGAAUAUGCGUGCAUGUUUAAAUUCAUAACCGAGUUUAAAACCAUUUCAGUGGAUAAUUAGUAAAGUAUUUCUUUGUUUCGUUCUCUAUACGAAGCAAACUUUUAAUUUUCCAUCACCAAGUGUCGAAGAGCGGCCGUUAAACUAGUUGGUUUCAAUUGGCUUCAGACGUUUCCGAAAAAAUGGCGGAUCCGAAUUGCAAGAGUCGUCUUCAAAACUUUAAGAACAAGGGCAAAGAUCAAGAUGAAAUGAGAAGGAGAAGAAACGAACAGACAGUUGAGCUUAGAAAAAACAAACGCGAAGAAACGUUACAAAAACGUCGUAACGUGCCCGUCGUAGAUUCAACUGACGAGGACGACUUUGACAAGACCCUCUCUAACACUAAUCUUGACCAGCUGGUGGCACAAGCCGCAGCAGUAAACAACCCUAGUCUGCAACUAGCAGCGGUACAAUCAGCCAGAAAACUACUGUCUUCCGAUAGAAAUCCGCCCAUAGACGCCUUGAUACAGAGCGGAAUUCUGCCGAUUUUAGUAAAAUGCUUGGAAAAACACGAAAACCCACCGUUACAAUUCGAAGCGGCAUGGGCCCUUACCAAUAUCGCUUCCGGUACUUCGGCACAAACGAAUAAAGUCGUAUCGGCUGGGGCGGUGCCCCUGUUCCUUGAUUUACUGCGCUCGCCGCACCAAAAUGUUUGCGAACAAGCCGUGUGGGCACUAGGUAACAUUAUAGGCGACGGGCCAGUACUUAGAGAUUAUGUUAUUGGGUUGGGAGUGGUCGAGCCACUUUUGUCAUUUAUUAAACCAGAAAUUCCCAUUUCGUUUUUGAGGAAUGUCACUUGGGUCAUUGUUAAUUUGUGUAGGAAUAAAGAUCCCGCUCCGCCGUUACGUACAAUAGAAGAACUUUUGCCGGCACUUAAUGCUCUUAUACAUCAUACAGAUAUCAAUAUAUUAGUAGACACAGUUUGGGCAUUAAGUUAUUUGACUGAUGGUGGAAAUGAACAAAUCCAAAUGGUAAUCGAUAGCGGCGUUGUGCCCAAGCUAAUACCGUUACUGAGCCACAAAGAGGUUAAAGUGCAAACUGCUGCCUUAAGAGCAGUAGGAAAUAUUGUAACUGGUACUGAUGAACAAACACAGGUUGUCUUGAAUUGUGAUGCCCUCUCCCACUUCCCAGCACUUCUUAGCCAUCAUAAAGAUAAAAUUUGCAAAGAAGCCGUUUGGUUCUUAUCUAAUAUUACUGCAGGAAAUCAAAGACAAGUUCAAGCUGUCAUUAAUGCUGGACUUUUACCAAAAAUAAUCGAAAAUCUUAGCAAAGGAGACUUCCAGACCCAAAAAGAAGCCGCCUGGGCAAUUUCAAACCUGACCAUAGGCGGUAAUAAGGAACAAGUAGCUCGCUUAAUUCAAGAAGGCGUCAUACCACCGUUCUGUGAUUUGCUCAAUUGUAAAGACGCCACAGUUAUUCAGGUUGUACUAGACGGAAUUAACAACAUGCUGAAAAUGGCCGGAUCGCAAGUUGAAGAGCUUUGCACGAUGAUCGAACAGUGUAACGGACUGGAUAAAAUUGAAGGGUUACAGAAUCAUGACAAUAUUGAGAUCUAUAAGCUGGCCUAUGAUAUUAUUGAGCAAUACUUUAGUGGAGAUGCCGAAGAUGAUCCAAACUUAGUUCCAUCCGCAGGCGACGGCGAAUUUAAUUUCGAACCCAACGUAAACGCUCCGACCGAAGGCUUCAAAUUUUGACUGGCUUGACAUGGACGACGGAACGAAAAUUGGGGAUGAAAAACCAGUUUUCCGCUUUCUGUUUUGUCAAAACAAAAAAAUUACUAGACAUCGUACGUUCAUUUUAAUUUGUACAUAUUAUUUUAGCUGUAACGACUUACAUGAUAUUUAUUUAUCUAUUGAUUAUUCGAGUGUAUAUUUUAUUUUAUGGGGAUCUUCAUUACUUAUCUUUGCUUAAUAAAUAAUUAAUUGUUUAAUAAUACUUGUUUUUAGACACGGUUAUUAUUGACUAUUUUUUUAAAUUCGUUUUCAUGUUAUGGCAGAUGCUGAUACGUCACUAUAUAUAUUUUCAGUAUUUCAGCAGAAGUUUGAUUGAAUUCAACCUAUAGUUUAAAAAAAAGUUUAGUUAAACUCUGCAGUAAGGCAAGUUAUAUAAUCCUAUAUAAAAUUAUUUAGCUAAAAUAAGACUGCGGUUUGUCAACUUUUUAUAUUUGGCUGCUUUUUAUUUCUCUUUUAAAUUAAUAGUAAUUAUUAAUAUUAUGGUUAUUAUUUAAAAUGAUCGUACACUAAAAUGUUAGGGUGAUAACAUUUUUCUAAAAGUUCGUCCACGUAUUGCGUUACGUGGGUAUUUCUUGCAAUAGAGUAAUAUCAUGUCCGCUUAUUGUCUUUAUGAUCUGUUAAUAUAUUAAGUGAUUUAUUAUAA